AUGGAAAACAACAAUGAAAACAUCAUUAAGGGUUCUGAACUUAUGGUCAAGUUAAACCUAACAAAUUUUCUUGAAUGGCAAGACAAGCUGGUUGAAGUAGUGAAACUCAAUGGCAUUGAGUAUGCACUGUUCUACCCCUUGCCAAGCUAUUAUGCAAGAGACAUGACUCCUGAAAGACACGCCGCCUGUGAUGCGAAUCUCCAGAAGGUCAUGAGUCUCAUGCUGAGCAACAUCCCUAACGAUUGUCAUAGAAGAGGUCGAUCACGUCAAAGGUCUCUCCAUCCUCUUGACCUUGAAUUGGAGAGGACACUAAGGAGAUUAAGGCGCGUUCGAACUCGCUCGUCAAGCCACAACCGGUUUGAAUCCUUGAGUGUAGGCGUGGAACAAGAAGAAAGUGAGCAAACCUUUGGAACCAUGGCGCUCCCGGUCAAGAAUUUGGGUAUACCGGGAGCAUUUGAGGCCACAUGUGGUAUCCAAGCUCCCACAACCAAUAAUAAUAACUUCGAAAUCAAACCCGCUUUGAUUAACUUGGUUCAAAGCCAUCCUUUUUGUGGGAAGAGCAACGAGUCACCACACGAGCACCUAAAGCAAUACGAACAUUAUUGUGAUACAAUCAAACACAAUGGUGUGACCUCAGAUUAUGUGCGGUUGACGCAAUUUCGUUUCUCUCUCCUUGGGCGAGCUAGCGAUUGGCUUGACAAGGAGGUCAAGCCAAAUUCACUUCGCACUUGGAAUGAAGUGACUAGCGUAUUUUCGAGCAAGUUCUACUCUCAUGGCAAGACGGCGGAGUAUCGCCACAAAAUUCAAUCAUUUGAGCAAAAGCGUGAUGAAUCGGUUUUUGAAGCUUGGGACCGAUUCAAAGAAUACCAAAGGGAGUGCCCUCACCAUGGGAUCCCUAAGUGGUUGCUACUUCAAACCUUCUACUUGGGAUUGAGCCCAACCUCCAAGACGAGUCUAGAUGCGGGGGCGGGUGGUCCCAUAAUGAACAAGACCGAAGAUCAAAUCGAACAGAUAAUUGAGUAUGUGGUCCAAAAUUAUCAAGCUUGGCACGUUGGUGCAAGGGACUAUGAUAGCAAGGGUAGGAAUGAUGAUGGUAAAGGGUCGGUAUAUGCUAUGGAGCAAGCUAGGAUCAUUGAGAAGCUUAGCUCGAGAUUGGAAAAGCUAGAGAGCACACCAAGUCAACCACCAUCACCAUCAAUAAUUCCACCGCCUUCGGCUACUCUUCUCACCAAGGGGAAGAGCAAGGUGAGUUCCUAUGACACUAUGCCUCCGGGCACAUCUUUUUGUGAUAAUUAUCAAGAUUUUGGUCAUUUCCCCAAUGAUUGUCCUUUGGUGCAUAAUGUGUCUUAUGUGGAUUACAACCCUUCUUGUGAAGGUGAUUUUGAUAUGGAAUAUGCCCAUGCUUUGAAUGAGAGGUCUAGAAAUGAUAACCCCAAUAAUCAAAACUUUGCUAGGCAAGCACCUAGAGGCCCCCCUAUGUAUGGAUCCUACCAAGGCUAUGGCCAAGGAGCUCAACUUGCUAAUACCAUUAAGGAACAUCAUGCGCAUACUAGUCUCCCACCCCAAAGUCAAGUUCCAAAGCAAAUGAAUGCCAUAGUGACAAGGAGUGGGAGGAUUUUAGAUGAUGUUCCUAGAGCUAAUAAGGUUUCUAAGUCCAAUGCGAAGGAUCAAGAGGGAGUCGUUGAGUCUAGCGACAAUGAUGUGGUAGAAGAGGAGCCUCCCAUCGAUGAUGUGGGUGAUACUCCUAUACCAAAAGAGGCAACUCUUCUACCUCUCCCCACUCCUAAACAUCCCUAUCCCCAAAGAUUCAUAAGGCACAAGUUAGAUGUGCAAUUCUCAAAAUUCCUUGAUGUUCUUCGAAAAUUGCAUAUCACUAUCCCCUUUACGGAUGUGUUAAAACAAAUUCCAACCUACUCAAGAUUUCUUAAGGAAAUAUUGAGUGGGAAGCGAGAUUGUGAUGUAAAGGAGACGGUGAACCUCACCGAAAAUUAUAGUGCUAUUAUUCUUAACCAAACGCCACCCAAACUCAAAGACCCGGGUAGUUUCUCUAUCCCUUAUGCUAUUAAGAAGCUUGAAAUAAGCAAUGCCUUGUGUGAUUUGGGUGCUAGUGUUAGUCUAAUGCCUUAUUUGGUGUUUACCAAGCUUGAAGUUGGUGAUCUUGUCCCAACCAACAUUACAUUGCAACUUGUCGACCGUUCGGUCAAAUACCCUAUUGGCAAGAUUGAGGAUGUACCCUUGAGAGUUGGUGGAUUUGUGAUCCCCGUCGAUUUUGUGGUCCUAGACAUAGAUGAGGACGUGCAUGUCCCUAUUAUUCUUGGUCGCCCAUUUUUGGCCACGGCGGGGGCCAUUAUUGAUGUCAAGCAAGGGAAAUUUACUUUGAAAGUUGGGAAGGAUAGUUUUUUUUUGACUUGA